AGCAUUGUGUUCCUGUUUCUGCCAUCUAUUUAGAUGUAAUCUUCAUGUAAAAUGUUACUGGGAAUGAUCUCUUUAGUUAUUGAAGUGCGAUUUAUAUUUCAGAAGGAGUCAAUUCAAAAACGUAUCAUCAAAAGGAUCGAAGAAUGUCAAAUGCUCGCUGCAGAGAAUGUAAAACUUCACAACUGUGUUAAAGAAUUGGUGUGCAAGGUGAAUGGUUUCAACAAAAUAAUCCAAUACGCUGACCAAAGGCUUCAAAUGAAUAAUUCGCACAUUGUGAGGCUGGAAAAGAAGAACUCCAUUUUGUUUGUUGCUUUGAAUAAGAUGGCCAGAAAGAAAGAGAUGAGAGACAGUUCACCAGGAUCUACAAGUGACAGCAGUAAAACAAGUGAAAGAGCUCAUUGUUCAAGGACAGAAGGAAACCACCACAUCAGUGAUAAGGGUAUUUUCUCUGCUAAAGGAUCGACCACCUCGAGUUUGAAAAUGUGUGGCGAUCGGAAUCAGAAAGAGAGUCUAAGACGAGAUAAUCCAGGAUCUGCAGAGGGUAUCUGCAGCCCAAAUCCUUUUGACAGUUCUUCUCAGCCACAUAUUUAUUCAAUUUACAACAGGAAAGAUGAGCUGUCCUUUGAAACUGAAACCAGUAGCACACUUUCCGAGAUAUCACAGGACCAUAGCACCAAUGAAGAGAAGAAUGGCGCAGAUUGGAAAGCCAGUUAUUGGGGCACUAAUAUUGACAAGUCUGUACUCAAGGAAGAUAUCUUGGAUAAGACGACAGCUAAUGUUGUUGAAACAGAGGUCAGAAAAAACGUACCAUCUCUAAUAAGUACAAAUUAGUUUUUUUAAAGAUUUCCUUUACAAUGUAAUCGUCUAUUCUUAGAGAAUUCAUGAACAAGAACUCAAUCUAAUUUAUUUUGCUAAAGGGCCAUUAUCAAUAAAGAAUCGGUGACAGUUUUACUUGCAUACAGAGAGCCUGUCAUUAUUGUAUAACAUGAACAUGUUCCUUUUUUAGUGUACUUAAAAGCAUGAUUUAGAAUUUGUCUCAUUUUUUCAAUAUCUGCGCAAAUUCAGAGUGAUUUUUGUGGGACGAAAGAAAUGAUUUCCAGUGGGCCGAGUUCCUAGCAGAAUGCUGUGUGUCUGCAUCUGGUUUGACAUGAUCAGUGAACUUCUAAUCCACUGACUGGAAGUUCACUCUUUGGGAUUAAAUCUGCUUGCAUUUGGAGCUUUAUAAUGUGACAAAGCCAUAGAAACAUAGAAAUAUAGAAAAUAGGUGCAGGAGUAGGCCAUUUGCCCCUUCGAGCCAGCACUGCCAUUCAUUGUGACCAAGGCUGAUCAUCCUCAAUCAGUAACCCGUGCCUGCCUUCUCCCCAUAUCCCUUGAUUCUGCUAGCCCCAAGAGCUCUAUCUAAAGGGCCUGUCCCACUUAGGCUACUUUUAGGUGACUGCCAGCGAUUGUUAUAAUCGUAGCAGGUUGCCGACAAACCGGCAAUUGGACUCCCCUUCAUAGAAACAUAGAAAAUAGGUGCAGGAGUAGGCCAUUCGGCCCU